AUGCAUCUCAUGGUGAAUGUAGCAAGACAAUUAAGGCUUCGAAGGAAUAAGGUGAUUUUCGGAGGAGAAUUUCUAUCACCAACUGAUCUAGUUCGGCUGGCAAAGGAGCAAGUGGAAGCCUGUGAUACAGCAGAACGGAGAACAGGAGAACCAAAGUAUACUCCAAGGCAACCAAGUGAAGAGAGAUGGCAAAAACCUCCUGAAGGCACAAUGAAGCUUAACUGGGAUGCAGCGGUGGACAAAAUUAUUGGCAAGGUAGGAACGAAAGUAAUAGCAAGAGACCAUGAAGGAACAGUUAUUGCUAUGACUUUUGGACCCUGGCUUUACAUCUCGGAUCCUACAAUGGCAGAGGCAAUGACGGCAAGGGAAGCAGUUGAGCUAGGAAAAUCUCUGGGAGGGCGUAACUUCGUUCUGGAGGGGGAUGCCUUAGAAGUGGUAAAUGCACUAAGGAAAAAGGAAGAUAGUAUGGGAUCAUACGGCCAAAUCAUUAACGAUGUUAAGCUAUUGAUGAACUGA